AUCAAUCUAUAUACAAUUACUGUAUAAUUACUGAAGAGUAUAAAAAAUAUCUUUGGUUUUCAAAAAAUUAUUCUAGUGUACCUCAUCAUAUUGGUCAAUUUUUUGGUGAAGAAAUUAUUAAUGUUGUUAAAGAUAUUGAUUCUAAAAAAAUAGCUGCGAUUGUAUCUAAUAAUGCAGCUAAUAUUU